AUGAGAAUAAAUAUAAUUGCCGUUAAUUCGGACUCAAUACCACGUUCUAUAAGGAGGUGUCGAACUUAUCGUAAUCUCGUCGGUCAAGUUUUGAACAAUUCUCCUUUGACUACGGAUCAACUAGACGACAGAAUAAUUGAAGAGCAAGAGGAAGAUAUGGAAGACGCUCCAGAUCAACCCAGUGAAUCUACGUCACAUCGUAUGAUACAGACUGAAAAAACUAAUAACAUAAUGUGGCACAAUGAUUCGCUAGAAGAAUCAAUUGAUAAAGAAGACGAUGAUGAAGAUGAUGAUGAUGAAGAGGAAGACCCAACUUUUGAAGGGGAUAAUAAUUUAACACGGGAAAAUAAUCAAUCUAGUUUUUUAGAUCCUCCCGAAAUAAAAGUAACAAUGGACGAUAGUCUCUUACAAAAAGCACACGAAUAUCGAGUAAAUUUUGACGGUUUCGCUCAGAUAAAUAGAUUCAAUAGCAUUGAAGAAUUGCAUGACUUCAUAAAAAACACAAUGAAGAUUUCGGAAAAUUCAAAUAACAAUUGUAGUGAAGAUAAUUCGAAUAGACAAGAACUUUAUUUGAGUAUCCUGUUAAAUGAACGACCAGAAGACCGUUUUAAAAAAUUGUUUGACGAAAGCCGGUUGACAGUGCGUCGAUUGUUAACAAGAAACGAACAUAUUUUGCGUAAACUAUUUGCCUCCGCAAGCUUAGAAAUUUUCCCGAGUCCUCUCGCUCGGGUUGAGGAAACCGCUGAAGCCGCGGAUGAAGAUGUAGUUUGUUCGGAUUUGCAGGAUGAUGAAGUUGAUGAAAACAUGAAAAGAUGGUAUAUGAUUGAAAUGAUUGGAUUGUGGUUGAAAAUGAUUACUGAUGUUACUAGUUAUCGUGAAGCUAUUAAAAGACGAGUGCUGAUGAACAGUUGGGGCAUUGAGGACAAUCAGUAUGAAGGUAUCGUUGUGCCUUUGGAGUACAAAUGA